UCAGGAUGGACGCACAUUCAACUCAAGGGUCAUCAAUAGCAGGGUCCAAGACGGCUAUGAGAGGAGAACGCUUCUGAAUCCCCGCCCCCUACGCUCUUCGACAGGCGGUACAAGGAUCGCCUUCCACCGCCAAUCUCCAUACAAAUCGACAUCCGUCCUAGGGAUAUCAUGCCAGACUCCUCGCUUCCGUUCAAAACAUCGAGAGGUCUUUUACACCUCAGGAGUACACCAUACACGUUCCGCAGGCAGAUCAUCCUCGGACCAACGCGCCUAGCGCGUACAAAGGCACCGAUUCUCGCCUCUACUUGUACCCUCCUGCACCUGUUCGCCAUCUCACAUAGCUUGGAAGACGUACAGUACGCCUCUUACAGCGCUUUGGGACGGAGAUUAGUCCCAAGAGCUAAACAUACAGCGAUGGAGAAAGAGUCACAAACUGCUCGGAAAAGCACGGCCAGCUCGGCAGCACGGCGUACACAGCAUUCACACCGUGGAAAGCAGUCGAUACACAUAUCAGAGGGGGGGGGACACAACUCCCCUUUCUACGACGCGGGGAGUGGUGGGUGGGGGGGGGUAUGUGUUGUGCACUUCGCUUCCGCUGUGCUAAGGGAAGGCGGUGCUCGCGGUGUAUAUAUACAUAUCAGUCUAGAUACGCAGUAGUCAGCAUGGGCAGAUGCGAUAUAACCACACACACACAUCACAUCACACCGCACUCCUCCUCGCAACCCGUGACAGGGCUGAACGCAUCCCAACAGAUGUCUAGCACGCAUGUAGAAACCCAGGCGCCCGCGUGAUAUCAAUAAACUGUUCUGCUCGCACUACGCGUCCUAUUAGCAGUCGCGCAUCGACCGCCUGGAGACCUAUCUGGCAUCUAAUAUCGGGCGUUGUGGGAGGCUGUGUCUUGCCCAGCACCGUUAUGCUGGAUAUCGAUGCUGGUGGCGCGGUUGUUUU